AUGGCACCAUCACCAAGAUACCUGGCCAUGCUUGCAAGCAAUGAAGCCGAUAUAAGAGCAAAGCCGCUGGCUCAGAGAAUAGCUGCUUUCGACGCUCUUGCUCGGCUCUGCAAUCGGGUGGAACCUCAGGGGGUUUCACAUGCUGGCCGCUGGUCGUGGGGUCUACCUGUCCCAACGGUUGGCACAUACUACAGCGGCCUUUGGUCCCCUAUUCAGUGCCUGAUUCCCGUGGCAUAG